UUGCAAGAAAACGUCAUCCAAUUUUCUCAUAUGUGCAAGUGGUGAAGAAAAUUAGAAUUCUGUUGUUUUAGUAAAGUUAAUGACAAUUUUAAAUACAUUUAAUACACUAAAGUUAAUAACAUUAUUCACAUAAAAUGCCUCUAAAGUUAGACAUAAAACGUCGUUUAACUUCGCGCUCGGAUCGUGUAAAAUGUGUUGAUCUUCAUCCGACAGAGCCAUGGAUGUUGUGUGCACUUUACAAUGGCCACGUACACAUUAUGAAUUAUGAAAAUCAACAAUUGGUAAAAGAUUUUGAGGUGUGUGAUGUGCCGGUGCGUUGUGGUCGUUUUGUGGCAAGGAAAAAUUGGCUCAUCACCGGAUCAGAUGAUAUGCAAAUCCGUGUGUUUAACUACAACACUCUUGAAAAGCUUCAUUCAUUCGAGGCUCACUCGGAUUAUCUACGAUGCAUUGCCGUACACCCUACACAGCCGCUCAUACUGACAAGCAGCGAUGAUAUGCUUAUAAAAUUGUGGAAUUGGGAAAAAAUGUGGGCAUGCCAACGUGUAUUUGAGGGGCAUACACACUACGUUAUGCAGAUUGUUUUCAAUCCAAAAGAUAAUAACACAUUCGCAUCGGCAUCUCUUGAUCGAACAGUAAAAGUUUGGCAACUCGGUUCAACCUUCGCCAACUUCACACUUGAAGGACACGAAAAAGGAAUUAAUUGUAUCGACUACUACCAUGGAGGUGAUAAACCUUAUCUUAUUUCUGGUGCAGAUGACAGACUUGUAAAGAUUUGGGAUUAUCAAAAUAAAACGUGUGUUCAAACUUUGGAGGGACAUGCCCAAAAUAUAUCUGCUGUUUGUUUUCAUCCGGAAUUGCCUAUUGUAUUAACCGGUUCCGAAGAUGGCACAGUUCGCAUCUGGCACUCAGGCACUUACCGUUUGGAAACCUGUCUUAACUAUGGAUUUGAACGUGUCUGGACAAUUGCAUGCAUGCGGGGUAGUAAUAAUGUUGCUCUUGGAUAUGAUGAAGGAUCAAUCAUAAUAAAAGUAGGUCGUGAAGAACCAGCAAUGUCAAUGGAUGUAAUUGGAUCGAAAAUAAUUUGGGCCAAGCACUCUGAAAUGCAACAAGUUAACUUAAAAGCAAUGGCUGAUGAUACUGAAAUCAAAGAUGGAGAGCGUUUACCGGUUGCGGUUAAGGAUAUGGGAGCAUGCGAAAUUUAUCCUCAGACAAUAGCGCACAACCCCAAUGGUCGUUUUGUGGUCGUAUGUGGUGAUGGCGAAUAUAUAAUAUAUACAUCCAUGGCUUUGCGCAAUAAAGCAUUUGGUUCCGCCCAAGAAUUCGUUUGGGCUCUGGAGAGUAAUGAGUAUGCUAUUAGAGAAAAUAAUGGAACAGUACGCCUUUUCCGCAACUUUAAAGAAAGAAAGAGUUUCACACCAGAAUAUGGCGCCGAAAGUAUAUAUGGUGGCUAUUUAUUCGGAGUUAAAACAUCGUCUGGAUUGGCGUUUUAUGACUGGGAAACACUGCAGUUGGUGCGACGUAUUGAAGUGCAACCACGACAUGUAUUCUGGAAUGAAGCUGGCACGUUGGUGUGCCUUGCUACUGAUGAAUCGUAUUUUGUUCUGUCUAUAGACACAGCAGCCAUAGCAGCUGCCUUAGAGAGCAAGCAAGGGCUCGAAGAUGACGGUAUCGAAAGCGCCUUUGAUGUUUUAGGGGAAGUCAACGAAGUUGUAAAAACUGGUAUUUGGGUUGGAGAUUGCUUCAUAUAUACUAAUUCAGUAAAUCGUAUUAAUUACUAUGUUGGUGGAGAAAUUGUCACUAUAUCUCACUUGGAUCGCACAAUGUAUUUACUUGGUUACGUACCAAAAGACAACCGACUGUAUUUGGGUGAUAAAGAAUUGAAUGUUAUCUCAUUUUCACUUUUGCUUUCUGUACUCGAAUACCAAACUGCUGUUAUGCGUAGUGAUUUCGAACGGGCUGAUCUGGUAUUGCCCACAAUACCAAAAGAGCAUCGCACACGUGUAGCCCAUUUCUUGGAAAAGCAAGGCUUUAAGCCGCAAGCAUUACAAGUCUCUACAGAUCCUGAUCAUAAAUUCGACUUGGCAUUGCAAAUCGGGGAAUUGGAGGUUGCUUUGAAAUUAGCACGUGAAGCAGAAAAUCCUCAAAAGUGGUCACAAUUAGCAGACGUUGCCUCUCGUAAAAAUAACAUGCAACUUGUAAAAGAGUGCAUGCAGAAGGCGAAUGAUUUCAGUGGUCUUUUGCUGUUAGCAACAUCAUCAGGGGAUGACAAAAUGUUGGAGGAAGUAGCUGAAAGCAGUUCAAGUCAAGGUCGGCACAAUAUAGCAUUCCUCUCCUCCUUCGUUCGAGCAGAUGUACAACGUUGCUUGGACAUUUUAAUUGAGACGAAUCGUUUACCCGAAGCAGCAUUCUUUGCGCGUACGUACAUUCCCAGCCAAAUGUCCCGUGUAGUGGAACUUUGGCGUGAAGAGUUGGCCAAAUUCAAUGAGAAAGCUGGUCAAUCUCUCGCUGAUCCAGCUAAAUAUGAAAAUCUCUUCCCUGGUCUUGGAGAGGCUCUACGCGCCGAGGAAUUUCUACAACAAACACAGUCAAAGAAGUUACCAGCUACUGCUGCCGCCAAAAUACCACUCAAUAUUGAACGCAAUCCUAUCGAAGAAAUGUAUGCUGCAGAACAACGUGGAAUAUUUGAAAGUAACGGCAAGCCUGGAGUUCAAUCAUAUAAGAAAAGUGAUGACUUUGUAAUUCCACCUACAAGCGCCGCUGCUACUACAUCUACAGCCGCAUCUGCAUUAAAUAAGUCAUCAGAUGGACUGGCAAACGAUGGUGAUGACAUUGACGAUGAAUUAGACCUUGAAAUUGAGGGAGUAACAUUGGACGAUAACAUUGAUACGACAGAUGUGAAUUUAGAUGAUGAUUUUCUUAGUGAUGACUAAGUCAAGCGCUAUCAAAACACAACUUGCAUAAUACAAUUAUUACACAUACAUUUAGAAACUUAUUCCCAAAUAUGAACUGUUUAUUGUUUAUUAAGUUUUUCAUUGAGAUAUUGUUCUUCAUUCUAUGUAACAACAGUACUAAUGGGAAAAAAAUAUGUCUAAUAUUUUUAUCAGACCGAAGUUUAGACUUUGUAAACAUACAUACGAUCAGUAGCGAUACUACGCAAUUAUCAACGUUGCGCAAAUUUUUAAGCAUUCUGUAUAAAUUUAAUAUAAUAAACAAUAAAGGAAAUACUUAUAGCGAA